AUGUCAACCAGCGAGAAACCCACCCGGUUCGCCGUGGCGCUGUUCCCGGGCUUCCAAGCGCUGGACGUGUUCGGGCCUCUCGACAUCUUGAACAUGCUAUCUAGGAUCACGCCGCUGACGUUCCACGUGCUGGCGGAGACGCUGACGCCGGUGUCGACGCAAGGGCUAGGCACCAAGCACACGAUCAGCCAAAGCGUCGUGCCCACGCACACCUUCGCCGACGCGCCCCUCGACGACAUCGACGUCCUGCUCGUCCCCGGCGGCUUCGGCACCCGCAACCCCGUCAACGUCGACCCCGUCGUCGAGUUCCUCCGCCGGGCUGGGCCGAAGGUGAAAUACCUCCUCACGGUCUGCACGGGUAGCGCCCUCGCGGCUAUGGCGGGCGUGCUCGAUGGGAAGCGCGCGACGUCGAAUAAGAUGGAGUGGGAUUGGGUCACACAGCAGGGCCCCAACGUCAAGUGGGUACACAAGGCGCGCUGGGUGGCGGACGAGAAGGUGUGGACGUCGUCGGGCGUCACGGCGGGCAUGGACAUGAUGUAUGCGUUCCUCGGCGAGCACUACGGCGAGGACGUCGCCCGCGACUUGGCUCAGGCGGCCGAGUACGUCCGGAACACGGACUCGACCGUGGACACGUUUGCGUAG